AUGCCCCGGGCCGAACUGCAAGCCGCCUUGUUAGCCGCUAGGUUGUCUAACACUAUUGGAAAGGAACAUAGAAUAGCGCCCGCGCGUAGGUAUUUUUGGUGCGACUCGACUACGGUUCUCCAUUGGAUUCGUAACAACGCGCGCACGUACAAAGCGUUCGAAGCGAACCGCCUAGGUGAGAUUGACGAGUUGACGCGUGCGGAGGACUGGAGGUAUGUACCUACAAAAUUAAACGUUGCCGAUUUAGCCACUCGGGAGAACUUCGAUAUGGCAUUGCAGGAGGAAUGGUUUGCAGGGCCGAAAUUUUUAUACUGUGACGAGUCUGGGUGGCCUAAUGAUGUGAUUCGGCCGAGCACAGUUGAACCGACGGUGACGUCAGAGUGCGUUGCAGUCUUGAAACACGUCUCGGUUGACCUGCCCGUACCAGACCCGGAACGAUUUUCUUCCUGGCUUCGUUUGGUGCGGACUACGGCUACCGUGUUAAAAUUUAUAAAUAUCUGCAGAGGACGGUCCGGGCAGAUCGACCGGGACCUAAUGGAGUGUGCUGAGCGGUUGUUGAUAAAACAAUCGCAAAGCGAUAGCUUUCCGGAUGACUUGGCUGCGAUCACGAAUGAGAGGUCAUUGCACCGCAGCAGUAGGUUACUUUCCCUGUCUCCCUAUCUAGACGAACAUGGCGUGCUCAGAGUCGGCGGUCGCAUCGACGCCGCGGCGAACGUGAGCAUGGAGGUGAAGAGACCGGUAAUUCUAGAUGGUCGACAUCCCGUAGCCAGACUUAUCGUACGUCACUACCACACGAGGGCGGCUCAUGGUAAUCAGGAGACUGUUGUGAACGAGUUAAGACAGCGUUACUGGCUGUUGCGGCUGAGACCUACCGUCAAGGCCGUAGUAUCCAGGUGUAUGCUGUGCAGGAUUCGCAAGAGCAGGCCGCAGGCGCCACGGAUGGGUGAGUUACCCAAAGCCCGAGUUGCCCAUCACCAGCGACCUUUUUCACACUGUGGGCUGGACCUGUUUGGGCCGAUGGAGGUUUCCAUUGGCCGGCGACGGGAAAGGCGCUAUGGUGUCCUAUUUACCUGCCUCACGGUACGCGCAGUCCAUAUUGAACUGGUUUCCUCCCUCACGUCGGACUCGCUGAUCAUGGCGCUGCGUCGGAUGGCGGCCAGGCGUGGCUGGCCUCUUCAUCUCUACUCUGAUAACGGUACUAACCUGAGGGGCGCUGACACGGAGUUGAAGCGAUCGAUGCUGCCUUUGGACACUGAAAAGUUAAGUAACGAGGGUAUUAACAACGGAAUGGAGUGGACUUUUAUCCCUCCCGCCAGUCCCCAUUGGGGUGGGGCGUGGGAGAGGCUCGUACGUAGCGUGAAGACAUCGCUGAAAGUCAUAUUAUCUGAGCGUGCACCACGGGAAGAAGUGUUGAGCACUCUGAUGGCUGAGGUGGAAAAUAUUGUCAACAGCCGCCCCCUGAUGCACGUGUCUGUCGAACCAGGGGACGUUGAGUCGCUUACCCCCAACCAUUUUCUUCUCGGUACGUCUUCCAACUUACCUGUCAUAGGAAAGUACGAGAACUCAGAUCUGCACUUGCGCAAGCUUUGGCGUACGGCGCAACGACUGACUGACAUGUACUGGCAGAGGUGGGUGAAGGAAAUCCUGCCUGAUCUCAUUCCCCGGAAGAAAUGGCGGGAUGAAACGACAUCAGUAAAGGUCGGGGACCUUGUUUUUCUGGCAGACCCCCAGUCUACGCGCAACACCUGGCCGAAGGGGGUGGUUACACAUGUCUUCCCGGGCAAGGACGGGGUCAUCAGGCUGGUCGAAGUGCGUACUGCGACCGGGAGGUUACGGCGGUCGGUGGCCAACGUAGCACCUAUCAUCCUGAGUGAUGAGUGCUGUGACAGCACUAGGGUGGGGGAUGUUAGCGACGCGCCUAAAAUUUAA